ACCCAAUAUGAAUUUCCUCAACAAAGAAAAACACCAAAACAGAGACAUGGGAACAUGUGGAGGAGAAGGCAAAGGCUUCACAGAGGAGCAAGAGGCUCUUGUUGUCAAGUCAUGGAGUGUCAUGAAAAAGAAUUCUGCUGAUUUGGCUCUCAAAUUCUUCUUCAAGAUAUUUGAAAUUGCACCGUCGGCUCAGAAGUUGUUUCCUUUCUUGAGGGAUGCCAAAGUUCCUUUGGAUCAAAACCCGAAGUUGAAGCCUCAUGCUUUGAACGUCUUCACCUUGACGUGCGAGUCGGCCGUCCAGCUUCGAAAAGCUGGCAAAGCUUCCGCCAGAAAGGCCACCUUGAAGAGGCUCGGCGCCACCCACCUCAAGUACGGCGUCCUCGACGAGCAUUUCGAGGUGACAAAAUUUGCACUUUUGGAGACCAUAAAGGAAGGAAUUCCAGAGAUGUGGAGUGUGGAGAUGAAGGGGGCAUGGGCUGAGGCUUAUGAUCAAUUAGUUGCUGCCAUUAAAGCUGAGAUGAAGCCUUCUUCCACCUCUUCUUAGAACUCUUCCUUCUCACGACGUCGUUUUAAUAUGCUUAAAAUUUUGAAAAAUAAAAUGCAUGUCUUGUUUAAAGGAAAAGUGUGGCUGUUUUUUUUUUUUUUUUAUUUAAAAUUUUCCAUUCUUAGGAUGUAACUUUCACACUGUUUACCACGUCAGGUUGAAUUAUUAUAAAUUGAAUAAGAGCUUCGAAAUUAGAUGAUAUA